AUUGUCGGUGCUUAGUUGCGUUUUAGGCGCCGCCCGAAUUGGUAAACUGAAGGCUUAAAUAUGAUAAUAACUGCGAAAUUGGUUAGCAUUUUCCUCGGCGUGGCAUUGACGGCCUUCACCGUGGCCACAAUUGUGCUUGCCGUACAAAAGGCCAAUCUGAAGGAUGAUCUACGUGAUGCCCAAGAGAAAAUCGAUCAACUUGAAGCGGGCUUUGCAUCCACGACGACAACAACUGCUGGUCCGAGUCAAGUUCCGACGACAGAACCCGGCACGACAGUUCCGCCGGAGAAGAUCGACUAUCGGCUGCCCACCGCAUUGACUCCAACCAACUAUGAUCUCUAUCUGCAUCCGAAUAUCGAGACUGGUCUGUUCACUGGCCAUGAGAUUAUCAACAUAACUGUGAACGAGGCCACCGAUAAGAUUGUCUUACACUCGCUUUAUUUAGACGUUAAGGGUCCGGCUGUACUACAAUCGGAUGGCACGGGUGUCCUGGUGAAGGAUUACACUUUUGACAUCGCUAAAGAGUUCCUGAUAAUCAAUCUGAGUGGACAGCUCAAAGCUGGCACCUACAUAUUGCUGAUGCUCGAGUUUUCCGGCAACAUGGCCAAUAAAAUUGUUGGACUGUACAGUUCCUCGUAUGUAAAGGCGGAUGAGACCCGUAAAUGGAUAGCCACAUCGAAGUUUGAGCCAACUUUUGCCCGUCAGGCAUUCCCCUGCUUCGAUGAGCCCGCUCUGAAGGCCACCUUUGAGAUAACAUUGGUGCAUCCAACUGGUGGGAACUAUCAUGCUCUGUCCAACAUGAAUCAGGAUGUGGAGGUGAAUCAGGGCACCUACACCGAGGUGAUGUUCGCCAAGAGUGUUCCAAUGAGCACCUAUCUGGCCUGUUUCAUAGUCUCUGACUUUGAGGCCAAAUCGGUGACCAUCGACACCAAAGGUAUUGGCAAACCAUUCCAAAUGGGAGUCUAUGCGACACCAGAGCAGAUUGACAAGGUCGACUUUGCGGUGGAAGUGGGAAAGGGAGUGAUUGAAUAUUAUAUUGACUAUUUCCAAAUCGAAUAUCCGUUGCCCAAACUUGAUAUGGCUGCCAUUCCCGACUUUGUCUCGGGCGCCAUGGAACACUGGGGUCUGGUCACCUAUCGAGAGACUUCUCUGCUCUACGAGAAGGAGACCAGUUCCACGGUUAACAAACAACGCAUCGCUAGCGUCAUUGCCCAUGAAUUCGCUCACAUGUGGUUCGGAAAUUUGGUUACCAUGGAUUGGUGGAAUGACUUGUGGCUAAAUGAGGGAUUCGCCAGCUUCAUUGAGAAUCUUGGCGUGGACUCUGUAUUCCCCGACUGGCAAAUGCGCAAUCAAUUUAUCGUGAACACUUUGCAUGGAGUGUUCACAUUGGACGCCACUUUGGGAUCCCAUCCGAUCAUUCAAAAAGUCGAGAAUCCCGAUCAGAUAACCGAAAUUUUCGACUCUAUUACGUAUUCUAAAGGCUCCUCGUUAGUUCGCAUGUUGGAAGACUUUCUGGGGGAUACAAUCUUCCGCACAGCAGUAACAAAUUAUCUGAAUGAAUACAAAUACAAGAACGCCGUAACCAGUGACUUCUUUACUGAGAUUGAUAAACUGGAUCUGGACUAUAAUGUGACUAAUAUAAUGCUCACAUGGACGGUGCAGAUGGGCUUACCAGUUGUCACGAUCCAAAAGGUCUCGAACACUGAAUACAAAUUGACACAGAAGCGCUUCUUGUCCAAUCCCAAUGACUAUAACGCAGUGCACGAGGCUUCUGAAUUCAACUACCGUUGGUCGAUCCCCAUCACAUAUACGACCAGUGCGAGUCCCACAGUGCAACGGGACUGGUUUUAUUACGAUCAAAGCGAAAUCACAAUAAAGGUGCCCAGUGCUGUGCAAUGGAUCAAGUUUAAUCACGAUCAGGUUGGCUACUAUCGCGUCAACUACGAUGAGACCUUGUGGCAGGCUUUGGCCAAUCAGCUGGUUGCCACUCCCAGCUCCUUCAGUGCCGGCGACCGUGCCUCAUUGCUAAACGAUGCCUUUGCCCUGGCCGACUCUACACAGCUGCCCUACGAUGUGGCCUUCGAAAUGACCAAGUAUCUGGCCAAGGAAGCUGACUACGUGCCAUGGAGUGUGGCUGCCUCCAAGCUGACAUCCCUGAAGCGCACCUUGUACUACACCAGCAGCUAUGUCAAGUACAAGAAAUAUGCUACCGCGUUGAUCGAACCCAUUUACAAGACUGUCACCUGGACGGUGGGUGACGAUCAUUUGAACAAUCGCCUUCGCGUAACUGUCUUAGGAUCUGCUUGUUCUCUAGGCCUCGAGUCCUGUCUAACUGAGGUGGGAGAGCAGUUCAAUACUUGGUUGACCACUCCCACAAAGCGACCCAAUCCGGAUGUGCGUGACACGGUAUAUUUCUUUGGCAUGCAGUCGGUGGGAAAUCAGGAGAUUUGGGAAACCGUUUGGGACUUGUUCGUGAAUGAGGCCGAUGCCAGUGAAAAGAGCAAACUGAUGUAUGGUCUGUCUGCUGUGCAGGAGCCCUGGUUGUUGCAACGCUAUAUUAGCCUGGCCUGGAACGAGGAGUAUGUGCGUGGUCAGGACUACUUCACCUGUCUCACUUAUAUUUCUGCCAAUCCCAUGGGAGAGUCUCUGGUUUGGGAUUAUGUGCGCGAGAAUUGGCUGCAGUUGGUGGCACGUUUCGGCCUAAACGAACGUUAUUUGGGCAACUUGAUACCCUCGAUAACGGCACGUUUCAACACCCAAACGAAACUCGAAGAGAUGGAGCAAUUCUUUGCCAAGUAUCCAGAGGCUGGAGCGGGCACGGCUGCUCGAGUCCGUGCUUUAGAGACGGUAAAGAACAACAUUGUCUGGUUGGCUAAAAAUCUGGAUGAAGUGGACUCAUGGCUCGACAGGCAGAUUAAUUAUCGUCUGCCCACGGCAUUGGCACCCAUGCAUUAUAACCUGUACUUGCAUCCGGAACUAGACACUGGCAACUUCACAGGCCAGGAACUGAUAACGAUUAAAGUCAUCGAGCCUACAAAUCAAAUUAUUUUGCAUUCCCAUAAACUAACCAUAAAUCAGGUUUAUGUGCUUAGCAAAGAAGUGGAAAAAUAUGAAUUGGAUCCUGUGCGCGAGUUUCUCAUCGUCGAUUUAACUGAGCAGUUGCCUGCAAAUGAAGUUAUUACUCUCGGCGUCUUAUUCGAAGGACAAACUCUGAACAAAUUGGUCGGCUUGUACAGCAGCACCUAUCAGACACCGGCGGGUCAACAAAGGAAAAUUGCCACUACAAAAUUCGAACCGACUUUUGCACGUCAAGCGUAUCCUUGCUUUGAUGAGCCUGCCAUGAAGGCCACCUAUAACAUUACUGUUAUUCAUCCCAGCGAAGGCUCCUACGAUGCCCUCUCCAACAUGAAUAAACUUGAAUCACAGAACCUCGGGGAGAACACCAUGGCCACUUUUGGCCUCAGUGUCCCCAUGAGCACCUAUUUGGCCUGCAUAAUUGUCUCAGACUUUGACUCAAAGAGCAGCGUAGUGAAGGCCAAUGGCAUUGGCGUCGAUUUCCCAAUGAGGGCCUUUGCCACGCCCCAUCAGCUGAACAAAGUACAGUUUGCCUUGGAUUUUGGAACCGCUGUCACAGAGUAUUACAUACAGUACUAUAAGGUGGCCUAUCCCCUGCCCAAGUUAGACAUGGCUGCCAUACCCGACUUUGCCUCGAAUGCCAUGGAGCAUUGGGGAUUGGUCACAUAUCGAGAGACUGCUCUGCUCUACGAUGAGAACUACAGCUCGACACUGAACAAGCAGUCUAUAGCUGGUGUUCUGGCUCAUGAGAUAGCUCAUCAAUGGUUUGGUAAUCUGGUCACCAUGAAGUGGUGGAAUGAUUUGUGGCUAAACGAAGGAUUUGCCAGGUUCAUGCAGUACAAAGGAGUGCAUGCAGUUCAUCCAGAUUGGGGAAUGUUGGAACAAUUCCAAAUAAUGGCGUUGCAUCCUGUUUUGGUUUUCGAUGCCAAACUCUCAUCGCAUCCCAUUGUACAAAAAGUGGAAUCUCCGUCUGAAAUCACGGCCAUCUUCGAUACCAUUAGUUAUGAGAAAGCUGGUUCUGUGCUGCGCAUGCUGGAAAAUCUUGUGGGUUCCGAGAAGUUUGAGCAAGCUGUUACCAACUACUUGAAAAAGUUCACAUACGGUAACACAGUCACCGAUGACUUCCUGACGGAGGUCGCUGCUGUGGUCACAGACUUUGAUGUGAAACAACUGAUGGGCACCUGGACAGAGCAGAUGGGCUAUCCCGUGUUGAAUGUGAAGCGUUCCUCCAAUGGAGGUUUCACCAUUACCCAACAGCGUUUCCUCUCCAACAAGGACAGUUACAAUGAGGAAGCAGAGCCAAGUAAAUUUAACUACAAGUGGAGUGUUCCACUCACUUAUUUCCUGGACACCUCUAAAGCCGAUGAAGUCAGCAGCUUGAUCUUCAACUACAAUGAAGAUGCAGUGGGCGUGGCAGUUAGCCCAGAUGUUAAAUGGAUCAAAUUGAAUGUUCAUCAAUUGGGCUACUAUCGUGUCAACUAUGAGUCGAGUAUUUGGGAUCAUAUUAUUCAGGAACUUAUCGAGAAACCCGCUCGCUUUGACAUUGCCGAUCGAGCUCAUCUGUUGAACGAUGCCUUUGCCUUGGCAGAUGCCAGUCAACUGUCCUACAGUGUGCCUUUGGAGAUGACCGCAUACCUGGCACAGGAGACGGACUUUGUGCCGUGGUAUGUGGCAGCUGGCAAGCUGCAAACCUUGAAGAGCAACCUCAUGUACACCGACAGCUAUGUCUCCUACUUGACCUAUGCUCGCCAACUCCUCACGAAUGUCUACAAAGAGGUGGGUUGGACUGUGGAUGCCGACAAUCAUUUAAGGAAUCGCCUGCGUGUUUCGGUUCUGACUGCAGCUUGUGCCUUGGGUCUACCCGACUGUCUGAACCAGGCAGCUGAACGCUUUACUACCUGGCUGAAGAAUCCAACUGCUGCCAACCGACCAGCUCCCGAUCUUCGCGAGAUUGUCUACUUCUAUGGCAUGCAAGAGACGAGCAGCGAGUCCAACUGGGAGAAGUUGUUGGGGCUCUUCAAGGCGGAGACCGAUGCCAGUGAGAAGUCGAAGAUGAUGUAUGGUCUGUCGGCUGUGCAGGAUGCUCAGCUGCUCUAUCGCUUCCUGGAACUGGCCACAGAUGAGAGUAUUAUUCGCUCCCAGGAUUACUUCACCUGUGUGCAGAAUAUUGCCGCCAAUCCUGUGGGAGAGCCCAUUGUCUGGGAAUACUACCGUGAGCAGUGGCCUCAGCUGGUUGAGCGCUUUGGACUGAGCGAUCGUACUCUAGGCAGAUUGAUUGCCAGCAUUACGAGUCGCUUUGCCAGCCAGGUGAAGCUGGAGGAAGUACAGCACUUCUUCAAUAAGUAUCCAGAGUCUGGGGCGGGUGCAAGUCCACGACAGCAGGCAAUCGAAACCAUCAAGUACAACAUUAAUUGGCUCAAGGAAAAUAGCGCCGAUAUUGCCAGUUGGUUGGACGGUACGCCAUCCCCAUUGACCGUCAAAAACCCAUUUUGGUCAGAUUCCGUAUUCAGAGUUAGUUCGAGUUCAAACUCGUUGCGAAGUGGAAGUGUCCAAAAGAGGCUAACGGCCAAAGCGGUGGCCAUAUUUUUGGGUCUGAGUGCAACUGCUUUCUGUGUCGCUACGAUUGUGUUGGCUGUGGAGAAAGCGAGUCUAGAGAAUGAUCUACAGGAUGCGAGGGAUAAGAUAGAGGUGCUCACAGGAACAACAACCACGAGUAAUCCCAAUACUACUCCUAGUGACGGAACAGACACUACUCCUGGUGGUGGCACUACUCCUAGUGGUGGCACUACUCCUAGUGGAGGCACUACUCCUGGUGGUGGCACUACUCCUGGUGGAGGAACGACGCCAAGCACAGGCACCUCACCCGGUGCAUCGCCGAGCAGCCCAAAUCCCAUAUUUCCCACCCUCCCGACUGGACUUCCCAAGCCCGAAGACAUUGUGUAUCGCCUGCCGAGUGAAGUGAUCCCAGUUCGAUAUCGAUUAUUCUUACAUCCGGAUCUGGAGACAGGUACUUGCAAUGGCACUGUAUCCAUACAGUUCGAGCUAAUAGCCGCGACUAACCUAAUUGUGCUUCAUGCCAAUGAGCUGAAUGUUUACGGCAUUAGCAUUCUCAAUAUGAUGGCACGCAUGCGAAUCCCAAUUGACAAAUAUUAUAUGGAUGAAAAGCGUCAGCUAUUGAUAAUCGAAUUGAAGCAGCUGUUAAGCACAAACAAGGCUUAUACACUAUCAGUUAGCUUCGACUGUAAUUUGAAUAGUCUACAAGGCUCCUACAGAAGCAGUUACACCGACGAGACAGGCAAACAAAGACAACCAAAUAAAAGUAGAAUAAACAAACAAAAAAGCGGCAUGUAUGCAACAAAAAACGUGCGACCACGCAGUAGCCUCUCCACAGAUGACAAUCAUCGCAUCAAGGACACAAAUCGACCCAACAAAAAGAAAACGGGUAACACGGUGCUUACUCUCGUCGCGUUCUGUGUAUUUCUGUUGGUGCUCUGCGGUUUUCUGCUAGGAGCCCUGGUUUAUGUCGGUAAAAAUAUUGCCGAUGAGCAUCAAAAGCAGCAGACAAAUGGAAGUCUGAUCGCCAUAAACGAAACAAUACGCACCGUGUAUGUGGAUCGUGAUCAAUUAUUAUCAACAAAGCCGAUUUUGAGCGUGUUAUCAGAUAAUCCAGUUUUCUCCACCCACCAAGUGCCGACAACAAAGAAAAUGCGCGCAAUGAUUGCAAUUUCGCCGGAAAUUCGUGCUGCCAGCAAAGUAUUGAAGAAUCUUGGCUUCCGUUUGCCAAAAGGAUUGAAGCCGCAAAAGUACAAUUUGCUUUUGAAGCCAGACUUCAAGCAAAAGAACUAUACGGGAAACAUAAGCAUCAACCUGCAAGUGUUGGAUCCCAUUUUAUUUAUACCCGUGCACAUAAAGCAGCUGAACGUGAGUCACGAGAAGCUGGAGAGAUUGGAUGAUUCGGGUGCGCCAUUGAACGAUAUCAAGCCUGUGCUGACGUUUGCUUAUCCGGAGUACGAGUACUGGGUAUCCGAAUUUGAGCAGCCACUGGAGGUUGGCAAUUAUACUCUACAUCUGAGCUUCAAUGGCUCGCUUGUCGACCGUAUCACGGGCCUAUACCAAAGUUCUUACUAUGAUAAGCUCAAGAAUCGUACAAGAUGGAUUGCCAGCACCAAGUUUGAGCCGACCUAUGCCCGCCUCGCCUUCCCCUGCUUCGACGAGCCGCACAUGAAGGCACAAUUUGCCAUUACGAUUGCCAAACCAAGUGGCACUGAUUACCAUGUGUUAUCCAACAUGCCAGUCGCUAAUGAGGUGAUUGAUGGGGAUAUAACAGAGGUGACCUUCGAGGAGUCACUUCCCAUGAGUACAUAUCUUGCAGCCUUUGUUAUAUCCGACUUUGCCCACACAACGACUACCGUUAAGGGCACCAAUAUUGAACUGCGCGUCUAUGCUCCACCUGCCCAAGUAGCCAAGACUCAAUAUGCACUGGAGAUGGGUGCUGGUGUCACUGCAUAUUAUAUUGAUUACUUCAAUAUAUCGUAUCCGUUGCCCAAGUUGGACAUGGUUGCCAUUCCCGACUUUGUGUCUGGUGCCAUGGAGAACUGGGGUCUUGUGACCUACCGUGAAACGGCUCUACUGUUUGACAAGAGCACCAGCUCCAGUGUCAAUAAGCAGCGUGUGGCUAUCGUUGUUGCUCAUGAGUUGGCCCAUCAAUGGUUCGGCAAUUUGGUCACCAUGAACUGGUGGAGUGAUCUGUGGCUAAACGAAGGAUUCGCCUCAUUUAUUGAGUACAAAGGCGUCGAUCACAUGCAUAAGGAUUGGGACAUGAUGAGCCAAUUUGUGACUGCCGAGCUGCAUCCCGUGUUGAAGAUUGACGCAACGCUGGCGUCGCAUCCCAUUAUCAAAGCUAUUGAAAGUCCCGAUGAAAUAACCGAAUACUUCGAUACCAUUACCUACUCGAAGGGCGCCGCUUUGGUGCGCAUGCUGGAGAAUCUUGUGACUGAAGAGAAACUGAAGAAUGCGACUACACGCUAUUUGGUUAAGCACAUGUAUUCCACGGCCACCACCGAAGAUUACUUGACAGCUGUUGAGGAGGAAGAGGGUCUUGAUUAUGAUGUCAAGCAAAUUAUGCAAACAUGGACCGAGCAAAUGGGUCUGCCCGUGGUGGAAGUUGUUAAGGAUGGCAACAACUACAAGUUAACACAGAAGCGCUUCCUUGCCAAUCAAGAUGAUUAUAAGGUGGAGGUCGAGCCGUCCUCCUUUAACUAUCGCUGGUCCAUUCCCAUUACCUAUACGAGCAGCGCUGACGACUCAGUGAAGACCAUGAUCUUCAAUCAUAACGACAAUGAGGCCAGCAUUUCUGUGCCCAGCACUGCCACUUGGAUUAAGUUGAACAAGGAUCAAGUGGGCUACUAUCGUGUCAACUAUGCCCCAGAGCAGUGGACAGCACUCAGUACAGCGCUUAAGAGCUCACGGGAAACCUUCAGCACUGCCGACCGUGCGCAUCUAUUGAAUGAUGCCAAUGCUCUAGCGGAAGCUGGACAACUUGACUACACCAUUGCACUUGAACUGAGCACUUACUUGGAAAGCGAGCAGGAUUAUGUGCCUUGGAGUGUGGGCACAUCAUUGCUCUCAUCCCUGAGAAAUCGCGUUUACUAUACUAAUCUUUAUAAGAACUUCACAGUAUACGCUCGCAAACUGCUUGCACCGAUUGUAGAGAAGGUCACAUUCACCGUUGGCGAUAAUCAUCUGGAGAAUCAAUUGCGCAUCAAGGUGCUGAGUGCAGCCUGCAACGUUGGACAUGAGGGUUCUUUGGAGCAGGCAGCCACACUGUUCAAACAGUGGCUGGCCAGUCCUGACACACCACCCAGUCCCGAUGUCCGUGAUGUUGUGUACUACUUUGGAUUGCAGCAGGUUAAUACCGAAGCCGCCUGGGAUCAGGUUUGGCAGCUGUAUCUGACUGAACCCGAUGCCCAGGAGAAACUUAAGCUGAUGAAUGCGCUGGCUGCUAUUAAAGUGCCAUGGCUGCUGCAGCGCUAUAUCAACUUGGCUUGGGAUGAGAACAACGUUCGUAGGCAGGAUUACUUCACUCUGAUGAGUUACAUUUCGUCUAAUCCCGUGGGCCAGAGCCUUGUAUGGGAUUAUGUGCGCGAGAACUGGCCCCAGCUUGUGGAACGCUUUGGCAUCAACGAACGCAAUUUGGGCCGUCUGAUUCCAAGUAUUUCCGGUCGCUUUGACUCUCAAACAAAGCUGGAAGAGAUGCAGCAGUUCUUUGCCAAGUAUCCGGAAGCCGGAGCUGGUAACUUGGCGCGCCAACAGGCAUUGGCAACUAUAAAGGCCAACAUCAAGUGGCUGGAACUCAACAAGUCGUCAGUGGGCGAUUGGUUGGCCAAAUAUGCGGAGCAGGCCACUGCCAGCAACCGCAUUCCAUGAAAUAAUGGGCAAUGAUAUCCAAAUUGUAGCUUCCUGUAAAAUAUAAUUAAUGUAAAAACUACCAACUGAUUUUUGAAUAGUCUUAGCCAACUAAUGGAUUGCAUAUGUGAAUUAAGGAUUUGUGAAUAUGAUAUUUUUUGAAUAAAAUUCCAACUGAAUGAACAGUC